CCCCGCUAGCCGGCUCCGCGCCGCGGGCCUGCCCUCAGGCCCCCGCGGGCUCCGCGCCGCCGCCCCGAGACUCGCGUCCUCCCGCCGCUCCGGGGCCGUCCCGCCGUGUCCCCUGGGCAACCGUCUCCAGGGAGACCGGGCCCCGCCCCCGGCACCGACACCCGACAGAUAAGGAGCUCUCAGAGUCAAGCAAGGGCGGAAUGACGCUCAGUGAUUCCAAAGCAUCUUUAAUCUGCCAGGUGGUGUGGCCUUUGCUGCUGGUCUUUCCUGGAACAUUCCAGAGAGGACAACCGGUGUCCGAGAAGUGAAAAAGCAGGAUGCCCCCGGGGGUGGACUGCCCCAUGGAAUUCUGGACCAGCGAGGAGAAUCAGAACGUGGCGGUGGACUUCCUGCUCCCCACGGGGGUCUAUCUGAACUUCUCCGUGUCCCGAAAUGCCAACCUCAGCACCAUCAAGAAGGCGCUGUGGCACCGCGCCCAGUAUGAGCCGCUCUUCCACAUGCUCAGCGGCCCCGAGGCCUACGUGUUUACCUGCGUCAACCAGACCGCGGAGCAGCAGGAGCUGGAGGACGAGCAGCGGCGGCUCUGUGAUAUCCAGCCCUUCCUGCCGGUCCUGCGCCUGGUGGCCCGAGAGGGCGACAGGGUGAAGAAACUCAUCAACUCGCAGAUCAGCCUCCUCAUUGGCAAAGGCCUGCACGAGUUUGACUCCUUGUGCGACCCGGAAGUGAAUGACUUUCGAGCCAAGAUGCGCCAGUUCUGCGAGGAGGCGGCCGCCCGGCGGCAGCAGCUGGGCUGGGAGGCCUGGUUGCAGUACUGCUUCCCCCUGCAGCUGGAGCCAUCGGCUCGGACCUGGGGGGCAGGCACCCUGCGGGUCCCCAACCGGGCCCUCCUGGUCAACGUCAAGUUCGAGGGCAGUGAGGAAAGCUUCACCUUCCAGGUGUCUACCAAGGACGUGCCCUUGGCCCUGAUGGCCUGUGCCCUCCGGAAGAAGGCCACGGUGUUCCGGCAGCCGCUGGUGGAGCAGCCCGAGGACUACACCCUGCAGGUGAACGGGAAGCAUGAGUACCUGUACGGCAGCUACCCCCUCUGCCAGUUCCAGUACAUCUGCAGCUGCCUGCACAGCGGGCUGACCCCUCACCUGACCAUGGUGCACUCCUCCUCCAUCCUGGCCAUGCGGGACGAGCAGAGCAACCCUGCCCCCCAAGUCCAGAAGCCCCGCACCAAACCGCCCCCCAUUCCCAUGAAAAAGCCCUCCUCUGUGUCCCUGUGGUCCCUGGAGCAGCCCUUCUGCAUCGAGCUGAUUCAGGGCAGCAAAGUGAACGCCGACGAGAGGAUGAAGCUGGUGGUGCAGGCUGGGCUUUUUCACGGCAAUGAGACGCUGUGCAAGACAGUGUCCAGCUCGGAGGUGAGCGUGUGCUCAGAGCCCGUGUGGAAGCAGCGCCUGGAGUUUGACAUCAACGUCUGCGACCUGCCGCGCAUGGCCCGCCUCUGCUUUGCACUGUACGCCGUGAUCGAGAAGGCCAAGAAGGCUCGCUCCACCAAGAAGAAGUCCAAGAAGGCGGACUGCCCCAUCGCCUGGGCCAACCUCACCCUGUUUGACUACAAGGACCAGCUCAAGACUGGCGAGUACUGCCUCUACAUGUGGCCCUCCGUCCCAGACGAGAAAGGGGAGCUGCUGAACCCCACAGGGACCGUGUGCAGCAACCCCAACACCGAGAGCGCCGCUGCCCUGGUCAUCUGUCUUCCAGAGGUGGCUCCCUACCCCGUGUACUACCCUGCCCUGGAUAAGAUCCUGGAGCUGGGGCGGCACGGGGAACACGGGCGCUUCACCGAGGAGGAGCAGCUGCAGCUUCGGGAGAUCCUGGAGCGGCGUGGGUCUGGGGAACUGUAUGAGCACGAGAAGGACCUGGUGUGGAAGAUGCGCCACGAGGUCCAGGAGCACUUUCCCGAGGCGCUGGCCCGGCUGCUGCUGGUCACCAAGUGGAACAAGCACGAGGACGUGGCCCAGAUGCUCUACCUGCUGUGCUCCUGGCCGGAGCUGCCUGUGCUGAGCGCCCUGGAGCUGCUGGACUCCAGCUUCCCCGACCGGCAUGUGGGCUCCUUUGCCAUCAAGUCCCUGCGGAAACUGACGGACGACGAGCUUUUCCAGUACCUGCUGCAGCUGGUGCAGGUGCUCAAGUACGAGUCCUACCUCGAUUGCGAGCUGACCAAGUUCCUGCUGGACCGGGCCCUGGCCAACCGCAAGAUCGGCCACUUCCUCUUCUGGCACCUCCGCUCCGAGAUGCACGUGCCGUCGGUGGCCCUGCGCUUUGGCCUCAUCAUGGAGGCCUACUGCAGGGGAAGCACCCACCACAUGAGGGUGCUGAUGAAGCAGGGGGAAGCGCUGAGCAAGCUGAAGGCCCUGAACGACUUUGUCAAAGUGAGCUCCCAGAAGACCCCCAAGCCCCAGGCCAAGGAGCUGAUGCACCUGUGCAUGCGGCAGGAGACCUACCUGGAGGCCCUCUCCCACCUGCAGUCCCCGCUGGACCCCAGCAUCCUGCUGGCUGAAGUCUGCGUGGAGCAGUGCACCUUCAUGGACUCCAAGAUGAAGCCGCUGUGGGUCAUGUACUGCAACGAGGAGGCGGGCAGCAACGGCAGCGUGGGCAUCAUGUUUAAGAACGGGGACGACCUCCGCCAGGACAUGCUGACCCUGCAGAUGAUCCAGCUCAUGGACAUCCUGUGGAAGCAGGAGGGGUUGGACCUGAGGAUGACCCCUUACGGCUGCCUGUCCACCGGGGACCGCACGGGCCUCAUUGAGGUGGUGCUGCACUCUGACACCAUCGCCAACAUCCAGCUGAACAAGAGCAACAUGGCAGCCACGGCCGCUUUCAACAAGGAUGCUCUUCUCAACUGGCUCAAGUCCAAGAACCCCGGGGAGGCCCUGGACAGAGCCAUUGAGGAGUUCACUCUGUCCUGCGCCGGCUACUGCGUGGCCACGUACGUGCUGGGAAUCGGCGAUCGGCACAGCGACAACAUCAUGAUCCGCGAAAACGGGCAGCUGUUCCACAUUGACUUUGGCCACUUUCUGGGGAACUUCAAGACUAAGUUUGGAAUCAACCGUGAGCGAGUCCCGUUCAUCCUCACCUAUGACUUUGUCCACGUGAUUCAGCAGGGGAAGACUAAUAAUAGUGAGAAAUUUGAAAGGUUCCGCGGCUACUGCGAGAGAGCCUACACCAUCCUGAGACGCCACGGGCCGCUCUUCCUGCACCUCUUCGCCCUGAUGCGCGCUGCCGGCCUGCCCGAGCUCAGCUGCUCCAAAGACAUCCAGUACCUCAAGGACUCGCUGGCGCUGGGGAAGACGGAGGAGGAGGCGCUGAAGCACUUCCGCGUGAAGUUCAACGAAGCCCUCCGCGAGAGCUGGAAGACCAAAGUGAACUGGCUGGCCCACAACGUGUCCAAAGACAACAGGCAGUAGCAGCGCCUCCUCGCGGCACCGGAGCCCGCCCCGCGCGCCCCGGGCCGGACGCGAGCAGACCGUCGGCUUUGGGAACCGGGCUCCGCGAGCCCAAGCUGCACCCGAAGGGAAAGAACUCUCACAGCCGCCUUUUGUUUACACUGGUUAUUUAUUAAUGACUUGAAAUGUUUCAGGAACUAAAUAGCCAUAAACGGAAAUGCAUCCUUUGUGCAGGGGAGGGACGCUGUCGUCAGUGCCCCCAUCAGAGCCCUGGGCUUGAGUGAGGAGACACUGUAAGUGGGGUCCCCGGAGACCACCCGGUAGAGGGUCGUAACGCGGCUCCCCCAGCGGGUGAAUGCAGACUCGGAAGACUCAUCCCUACCGGGGAGCCGCCUUCUUCCCAGGGCUCCCGGGGCUGCACGGGGCUCGGGCCAAGUCGGUUACCUGGUGCCUGCUGUGCAGACGCAGCGCCCACGUCUCUGUUCACCCCUCCACCUACACGCUCUCUGUGGACUGAGUUCUCUGCCCUCUCGAUUCAGGGAUGCUUGCUUUUCCACUUUUUAAGUGACUCUUGGGUACGGGAAUUCUCAUCUCUCUGCUGUAAAGUGAUUUUGUUUGCGGGUAAGAAACAACGUAUCCAAACAUUGAACCUCUAUGGCUGGAGAGAACAGCCUCAGCUCGGUAAACUAUGAUAACACAUGCUGGUCCUCAAGACGUAUUAAAAAAAUCUGAGCUUGA